AUGGACUCGUUCACUUCAUUCGACGCUCUCCUCUCAACUUCAACCUCCUCCGACGAUGGCUCUCUCGCCCUCAACGAUGUCGAACAUCAUGCUUCUGUACCUGUGAACUCAGAGGCAGGUGGUGGAGACGCCAUCGCCUUCUGCGUUAUUUCAUAG